CCUUGGCCCAGUGAGAUGGGCGCUGACCCCAGCCUGUUCUCACUGCAGCUGUCGGUUUUAAAGUGGAAAUCUGUUCAAGUCGACAGGGUUUUGGUGGCCUGUGACAAUGAGGUGAUAUCUCUGCAGUGUCCCCAGGGCACGUCCUGCUGGGGCAGAGGGGUGUGCUGUGGUGGAGAUCGCUGGUGGCUUGGAAACCCUUCUGGGGACAUCGCCGAUGGCUUGUGCCGCAACCAGCUCUCGUGGAAGUUGAACGGUGGCAGAUUUGUGGCAGGUGCCCGCAGGUCCAGCAGCGCUUGGCAUGUGGGCAUGGAGGGGCAGCACGAGCACCCGCAGCACCUGGGGGACCAGACCAGUGCGCUCUGCAAGCUGCCAGGCCAGGACUUCCAGCACGACCCGCAGAGACAUUUAACGUCGUACCCGUAUCGCUGCACACUGGCAGACUUUCAGAUAGAGAAGAAGAUCGGGCGAGGACAGUUCAGUGAAGUUUACAAAGCAACUUGUCUUCUGGACAGAAAACCUGUGGCGUUAAAGAAAGUUCAGAUUUUUGAAAUGAUGGAUGCCAAGGCUCGGCAAGAUUGCAUUAAAGAGAUUGACCUCUUGAAGCAACUGAACCACCCCAAUAUAAUUAAAUAUUUGGAUUCUUUCAUUGAAGACAAUGAACUUAACAUUGUCCUGGAGCUGGCAGAUGCUGGUGAUCUCUCCCAGAUGAUAAAGUAUUUUAAGAAGCAGAAACGGUUAAUCCCAGAAAGGACGGUGUGGAAAUAUUUUGUGCAGCUAUGCAGUGCGGUUGAACACAUGCACUCCCGCAGGGUGAUGCACAGAGACAUAAAACCAGCCAACGUGUUUAUAACAGCCACAGGGGUGGUGAAGCUGGGAGAUCUUGGAUUAGGCCGGUUUUUUAGUUCUAAAACCACUGCAGCACAUUCCUUAGUGGGAACUCCAUACUAUAUGUCCCCAGAAAGAAUACAUGAAAACGGCUAUAACUUUAAAUCCGAUAUCUGGUCUUUGGGCUGUUUGCUGUAUGAAAUGGCAGCUCUUCAGAGUCCUUUCUAUGGAGAUAAAAUGAACCUGUUUUCUCUUUGCCAAAAAAUAGAGCAAUGUGACUACCCGCCUCUUCCAGCUGAACAUUAUUCUGAGAAGCUCCGGGAGCUGGUCAGCAUGUGCAUAUAUCCUGAUCCAGAUCAAAGACCCGACAUUGGUUACGUGCACCAAAUAGCAAAACAAAUGCACGUUUGGACCUCCAGCACCUGAACCAUCUGCAGACACUCUCAAAAGCCAGCACAGCUUAGUCUUACUUGAAUUUUUUUUCUCAGAUGAAACCGACUGGUGCCUAGUCAGCAAGUGAGGGGAGCACUCGUAGCAGGAUGCUCCAUUAUUUCUGCAGGUUAUUUGACAAGGACUCUUACAAGGUGGUCAUGCUUUAAAGUGAAGAUUCUGUGAGGUAUUGCAAGUGAUUUUUUUUUUAAGCCAAUAAGAUGUUACAGGUGUAGAUCAUUUAAGGGUCUUUUCUUAAACUGUCGUGUGUAAUCUAGGAUAGAUGAUAUUAACCGGGGUGUCAGCGGUGGGCACUCCUCCUCUAUCUUAACUGUAAUGUGAAAUAUUGAAAUAAUUCCUUCAGUGAAAUCACUUUAUACUAAUGUAAGAAUUACAGUAGGUUUUGUGUCGUUUGUGUAACUGCUACUUCGCCUCUUCUGCAAAUGGUUUAUAGCAAAUUUCAGUUUUUACUUUGUGUAUUUUAAAGCAUCCAUUUAUGUAUUUUUAUUAAUUCCCUCCUUCAGAUUUAGAAUGGGGAGCGGUUUGGGGGGUGGG